CUAUCGAUACUAGGUGGACUCGCGACGAAGAGCUUUGUUCACAGUCUCCUCUAUCAAAUCUUUGCGAAGGGUGGAAGACGCUUCGACACUCGAUCUUAUACCCGCUGCAUCUGGGCGGCCUUGCCAAGAACUCCAGAAUUUGGCUUCCUCACCCUCUCUGGAGCUGUGUCCUUCUAUCUCGAACUUGUAGCACUGGAGAUUCAUGAUCUUUUGGGAACCUGAUUCUGGGAUCAACACCGGAAUUCGAUGCUGUUUUCUAUCCUUGAACCACAUGGGUAUCGCAGCGUCCGACCAGCGUCAAUAUACGGAUCCAUAAGAGCGGUUGGACAUUGCUACAGAAUGGAUUAUCUAACCGCACUUCUGCUACCCACUUUAUAUUCGAACCCAGACUGUGUUACAGAGGAGAUAUACCAGUUAAGAUGGCCAGGGAAGCAGAACUUUAUCCACAUGAGAGCUUCAGCGCUUGACAGAAGUCUGCUAUGCAGCGCAGCCUUGCAGCAGCCCCUUGCCACCAGCCAUUAUGAGUGGAGAAGAAAGCACCAUUCUAGGAAAUCUAAGAAGAGGUGUGAAGCUGUUUCAUUUGUGGUCCUGUUUGACCUCUUCAAGACGGGCUCUCCUGCUUUGCAUACAUUCGCCACGUCUCAAUAUGGAUCCUUGCCAAAAAUAAGUGUUUCUACUGGAAUAAGUAACUGUCCUCUCUCCCUUGUGUAUAUCUCAGGUUUUGUUUCUGUGCUGCUCUUCCCCUGGCUGUGUUUUGUCCUGAGUCUUAUGCUGAUUGCCUCGAGUGAUGCGUUUAAGCAAAUGUUUGAGACUUGUCGGCGGAGGCUCCAAUUGAGUGAUUCAACCUUCAGACAGCCAUUCACGAAGACGUGAGUGCUCCCAUGCUUAGCUUUUGGCCAUUAAUGGAUUCGUGAUCGUUAGAUCUCCUCGUAUCUUAUUGUCAUAC